UGUGGCAAAAGGUCGCAAAGUUCAAGGGAGCCGAAUACUUUCACAAGGCACUGUACUUCCUGGAUAAUCUUCAGAUUGAUAACAUCACUGUCUAAUCUUUCUUCAUCUCAUUCUAGUACUGUAACCAGAUAGUGUGGGGAUGACCCAAUGGCAAAAAUACAAUUGGUAUUUAAAUUUAUUUAUUUAUUAUGUAACUUAUUCAGGCAAAAUGUUAUCAAUACUUGUUCAAAUUGUAUUGUAAAAAAACAUUAAGAAAUGAAAAGUCUUAAUAGAUUUCCCAUCCACUGUCUCGUUGUCUUGUGUUUGCCUUUAUUAUGACAGCAUCACUUAACCCAAAACAUCUUCACGUGGCCGACACAUCAUCAAACACUUGUGGUUUGAGCUGUUGUGAAAUCUUUGUUUAGUGUUGCCAAGAUGACUGCUAAUCUGCUGAAGAAGUUUGUGCUCCUGGUUGAUGCUUUGCCAACAAGGAUCUGUUCUCGACUAGUAUCAAUAAAGGUUAGUUAAAUAAGGUAAUGAGGGGGCUUCAUAAGGAAGUAAAAAUACCACAUAAAUAUCAAGUGUAUUUGUCCAAGUGACCAUCUGUAACAUCUUACUUGUUACUACUACAACUGAACCAGCUACUACCACACCUGUACCCAGCAUCAUGCUCCUUGUCAGACUGACUGCGUUCACCUUGCUGGCUGCAGUUUGCUGUACACUACCAGCUGCAGCGAUGAGAGCGGUCACCUGUGACAAUGGAGAAAACGUCCAAUUCCUGAUCUGUGAUUCUGGAGUGAUCUUCAUUGAGAGAGCUCUGUAUGGAAGGACUGACGGAACCACCUGCAAAGAAGGACGACCUGCCAACCAGCUGACCGACACACAGUGUUCACAGACGGGCACCCUGGAGGUCCUCUCACACAGGUGCAAUGGGAAACAGGUGUGUGAAGUGAACACUGAAGUCUUCCGUACUUCUGACCCCUGUGUUGGAAUCUACAAAUACCUGGAAACCACCUACACCUGCAUCCCAGCAACACGCAGCAUCACGUGUGAAGGCUCUGAUGUUCUACUAGAAUGUGAUGAAGGAACGAUCCAGAUCUACAGUGCCAACUAUGGCCGCCGUGACCAGCUAGUGUGUUCCUUUAAUCGGCCCGCUAACCAACUAGCCAACACCAACUGUCUCAGCCAAUCCAUAACCACCAGUAAGGUGGCAGAGAGGUGUAAUGGGAAGAGCCAGUGUGACGUCCCGGCGUCCAACUCUCUGUAUGGAGAUCCCUGUGUAGGAACCUACAAGUACCUGGAUGUGGCUUACACCUGUGGCUAAAUGUGAGGCACGCAUGCAUACGGAGAUCUUCUCUGAGGAACAUAGACCAGAGAGACCACUUGGAUAUCUUCCUCUUCAUUGGGCGGAUUUGUAUUUCUUUCCUGUCUUCUCUCCUCUGAAGUCUCAAUUGAGUGUAAAAUCGAUGUAAAUUCUAUGUAAAUUCAAAAUGUGUAAAUCCCAUUGAUUGUGUAUUUCAUCAGGCAUAAUUUGUGUGUAAUAAAACCAUAAUGAUGCCCCUCUUGUGCUGCAGCAAUGCACGGUCAGGAGGAAGCAUGGAGAAGUUAAACAUUAACCCCAAAAAUAAACAAUUCUUGAAAUAACACU